GGCAUCUGCACUUGCAUUUCCAUCCACCAUGGCGUCUGUCCUACCGAAUAACAGCUAUGCCUACUACAGUACUGAACAGGCUACGAUUAUCCUGAGUACGGAGAAGUACACUAUCGAUGACAAGUUCAACUUCCCCACGGAUGUUUGUUUGGUCUACGCGGAGGAACUCGAGAUCGCCUCCAGCAUCACCGCUCGCGGCAAGAAGAUCGGCCUGUUUUGCCGUGAACUGACAAUCCCGAAUGCUGUCACUGUCGAUGUCUCCGGCGACAAAGGCACGGCGGGCGUCAGCCAUGUCGAGCAAGAUGGCGGGCCGGGAGGAAAUGGUAAAGAUGCCGGGAAUGUGUGGAUCUGCGCUCGGUUCCUUCCUGGAAAAGAUCCUUUCCACAAUCUGACGAUCGAGGCGUAUGGGGGGCCCGGUGGUGUCGGCGGCGACAGCACUAUCUCUGCAAAACAGGAUGAAGACAAGCCAAAAGAGACCAAGGGCGGGGAUGGCGGUAACGGUGGAAAUGGAGGUGACAUUGAACUGUUGUUUGGAACAGCAGUGAUGGAUGCUGCGUUUGCUCUGCGGAAGAUUCACGGGCGAUCGUGGCCAGAGCAGGUUGUAUGUCUGACAGAGCCGGUGCUAUCAGAGAGUCUUCCGGGCUAUCUCUCAGCAGGGGAUAAAGAGGUCCUUCGACGACUGAAGGACCUCGGUGACGUCCUCCAAAUUCUCGCCAGCCAGCUUGAGGUCUUGUCUAAAGCAGAUUUCAACAAGGAGAUUCAAGACGCUGCUUCGUCUCUCAUGCGGGAGGUGCACGCCAACCUUGCGACAACGGACCAGGCACCAGCAGAUGUCACUACUGAAAUAGUCACUCUCAUCCAAGAAACCCUGGCAUCAGUUCGCUCGAUCAGCCAAGAGACGUUAAGCCACGAUGCGACUCGAAUCUUCGAGGCCGCUCGAAAGUCCAUCAGAGCUGCCGCCCCUGAAAAGAAGUCUCCGCUGGUCCCUCUCAUUGAUAGCCUGGAAGAGACUCUUCAAGCAAGCAUAGUGGACAUGGAGCUCACGGCCUACGACUUCACAAAGAAUAACUCUCGAGGUGCUGGGGGGUUUAGUGGUUUCGGCACCGAAAAAGGUGGCUUCAGAUCCCAAAACGGUGCCAACGGCAAAGCGGGAUCGAACAGCGGCCGGAGCCGUGCCAAACUGCUGUCUUUCUCAGGCAUCAAGAAGGAUCUGGCCGUUUUUCAAGCCUACGUAUUCCCCGAGCAAUGCCAGAUGCUGCUGAACAAAGCGGACGACUUCUUCUUCAGCAGCAAUACCGACGACUGGAAAAGAGCAUACGCACUCUAUAACAUUUUGGCUGACCGUCUCCAAGUGCUCAAUGCAUUCCAGGGCGAGCGCUCUGGCUUGUUGGAUGCCCUGGAAGGCCUGGAAACCAAGCUCAAUGUGACGAGCAACCCCGUCCUGCAACUCAAGUCCGUCUAUGAGCAAGCUAUCAGUCGUCGCAAUCGGUUGCUGCUGGGUCAAGAUAUGUUCGGGCACGUCGACAGCUGGGUACCUCGUCUGUCGUUCGGUUUCUAUGCCCAGUCCGUUGAGGAACGGUUCCUGGUCCUCAAGUCGACGGAGGACCUGACGGCAGCCUACGAAGACGCCGUGCAGAAAGACAACGACGUUCGUGGCCUCGUUGACCAGGGCAUCAGCAAAAUGGCCGAUGCCCAGAAGGAAGCCGAGGCCAAGAUCGAUCUUCUCACCUCCCCUAACGGCCCCCUCGUCAGUGGUGUCGGUAAGAUCGCCUUUCUGACCAAGGAUGUCAGACUGAAGCGCCAGUUGCUUAGUGACAAACUGAGCAAGAUUCGUUUCCUUCGUCCUUUCGACUGGGGUAUGCUCCUCAAAGGCGUGGGUGCCCUUGUCUCGGUGGUCCGUGACCCUGCAUCUAUUGUCGAUGGGCUCAAAACGGGCUAUGAUAUAUACCAAGAAGCAAGUGGCGAGCUAGUAAAAAAUGCACAGGGCAACGGGGUGAAGAAAGAGUAUAUCAUCGACCAGCUGGAACAUUGUGGUGACACCCUCGACUCGCUGGAAAAGGCCCUCAAAACCAAGAAAAACAACGAGAUCGACAUGGACGAUCCGGGGGCGUUGAAGAUCCUCAGCACAGCGGAUGAUAUCCGCAAGAUUCUUCGCGAGUUCAAAAACGCAGUGGUGCCGUCGGACCUGAAAAGUGUAGAAAGCGCCUUGGAUAGUUUCGUUGAUGUGACCCUAGGUCGCAACAGCGCCAUUCUGGACUACAACGCCUCCAUCCAGCUCUUAUUCGAAGCGAUCAACAAUCGAGAAUAUAGCAAGAGCCAAGGCGAAACCCUGGGUCAGAAGAGAAACUCCCUCAAUCCGAAAUCGCCGGCCAUUCUAUUCUGGCUCCGCAAGACGCGCGAUACCAUGCGACUGGAGCUCAUGCAGCGUCUGAACUACGAGAGCCGUGCGAUCAGGUUCUGGGGACUGCAAAAGCAGCUUGACUUUUCCCGCCCGGGGCCCCUCAACUCCGUCACUCAGUUACAAGUCAGCCAGUUGAACUUGAAGAAGGCCUUUGAGAACUGUCUCCAAGGUUAUGCAAACAACAUUCGCGUCACGUGGCCCCGCCAUGAGAGCGACAAGGGCCUGAUAUAUGCGCUGAGCAAGGAGGAGUUGGAGGCCUUCAAGCGCCGAGAGGUCCUCGUCACGUCCAAGGGCGACGAUGGGGUCUAUACUACGUCGGUUCGGCUGGAGCCCGGUGCCCCCCCGUUUGGCUCUGGCCGUGCAGAUGUCCGGAUCAACCAGGUCCGCCUGUGGCUGCUGGGGGUCCAGGUGAAUCCCGACAGUGCGCAUCGCAAGCGACUGCUGGUGAAAAUCAGCCAUGUGGGAAAUGAAACGCUGGAAAACACGGAGCGAGAACGGUUCGAGUUCGCCCACGAUGCUGUCAACAUUCAGUUUGAAUACGACACCGCCAAAGUCCAGGGGGUCGAUGAUUUUAGCUCCAAGUUCGUCUUUGGCAAGCAGGGGUUGGAGGAUAACUGGAGUGGCGGUGACAGCAGGCCGACUGCAUCGACAAUUGCUGCGGCGGGGCCCUUUACUGAGUGGCGCUUCGCUAUUCGCGAGUCGGAGAACCUGGGUUUGGAUAUGGGGUCGGUGACCGCUGCGUAUGUGGAGUUCCGGGGGGCAAACCGGCCAUUUUCGGUGGAUUACCAUGCGCCGUAAGGACUGUAUAUCUUGUGGUAUCUAGAAGGUAAUCGAAGUCUUCGAGGUUGCAUCAGACCAAGGACAUACUGUUGAG